AUGGCUAUCUAUGUAGAUCCUUAUGAGUUAGGUAACGAGAAGUUUUACACGGAUGUGCCGAAGGUGGGAGUCUGGGGUGCACAGUUCACAUCUCAUUUUUUGUGGUAUAUACAGAAGGAGUUGGGUACACAGAUUGAGCUCAGCACAACAUUUCACCCGAGCUCAACAUUUCACCCACAACUGAGAUUAUCAGUCCGACAUUCAAUGACAUUGUUUGUGGCUUUAUAUUCUAGAAGGUACCGUUCGCCCAUUGGUUGGCUUGAUGCAAUUGAGGUGGAGUUAAUUCAAGAGAGACUUCCCAGAGCACAGAGCAAGCAAAAAAGAUAUACUGACCGUAAGGUUCAUUAUGUGGAGUUCAUGGAGGGUGAGCGCGUAUUGUUGAAAGUCUCACCUGUUAAGUGUGUAAUGUGUUCUGGGAAGAAGGACAAGUUGAUUUCGAGGUUUAUAUGCCCAUUUGAGAUUCUACAGCGUAUUGGGGAGGUGGCCUAUAAGUUGGCUUUGCAUCCUAGCCUGACAGGUGUUCACCCAGUUUUUCAUAUUUCGAAGUUGAAGAAAUACUAUGAGGAUAAGUCUAAUGUGUUACAGUUAGAUACAAUGCAAGUUGAUCAGAAUCUGACAAUUGAAGAGGAGUCAGUGGCUAUUUUGGACAGGCAAGUCUGGAAGCUGAGGUCAAAAGAGAUAGCUAUAGUGACAGUGCAAUGA